AACAGACCUGCUGUCCCGAGUCUAGAACUAGGCCCCUAUGGGCCACCAUAAUUUAUUUCCUAAGCGCCACCUAGUUUCCAAAUAAGGAAAUGUUACUCUGUGAUUAGGCACUUCGCAUUGACAGUAGUUCAUUGACCAGUUGACAUAACUUUUGCAGUACUAGAGUACUAUAGACGCGUCCUAAUUUGUUGAACAUUAUCGAGGGAUCGUUACACACUCAGAACAAUUCUGUGGAUUACCUGCAGUACCUGGGACAGGUGUAAAACAGACGACAUGGCACAUAGGCCCCAUGCCUAUGGAUUGACGGGUGAAGUGCAGAGGAAGAUUAAGGGAAAAUACGACGAGAAAUUGGAGCAAGGUGCCCGCCUGUGGAUUGAAGCAGUACUGGAUAUGGAGUUGGUACCGGGAGCGGAUCAAAACACGCCGUUGGGAGAGCGAGAUUUCCAGGGGGCCCUUAAGAAUGGUGUUAUUCUGUGCAGAUUAAUGAAUGCCAUAAAACCAGGUACCAUAAGGAAAAUUAAUGAAAACACUAUGGCCUUUAAAAUGAUGGAAAAUAUUGAGAGUUUCCUGAAAGCUGCCCAGGACUAUGGCUGCAGAGAGAUCGAUCUCUUCCAAGUAGUGGACCUAUAUGAACGGCAAAAUAUGACGCAAGUUGUUAACGGAAUUUUUGCAUUGGGGCGAUUGACCCAGAAGAACGGUUUUCAGGGUCCUGCGUUAGGUCCCAAAGAGGCCGACUACAACCCUAGGAAUUUUGAUGAGGAUACAAUGAAGGCGGGACAGACAGUGAUAGGUCUACAAGCAGGGUCAAAUCGGGGGGCCUCUCAAAGUGGGAUGAACUUUGGUAAAACACGCUCUAUCCUGGACUGACGGCGCCAUCAUCGUUGAGAGUAAGAUAUCACAUCCACCUCGGCAUUCUACCCGCCAUUGCUAGUGCCAUCUGCUGUCAGAUAAUCAAAGUGUACCACGUGUUCAGUAUUAUCCAAUGGAACAGUUUUCUCUGAUAUUUAAACAUUGAUGAUAUUGUUUGCAAAGCGGAAAAAGAAAUAUGACAGCAAGUCUAGGUGAAUAUUCUACAAAAUCCAGGUAGUAGAUUUAUGUCAUUGUGUCAUGCUUGUAUGUGUGCCGGUAUGUUUUCAGGGGAAAAAACUAUAGCAUUUAAAUGAUGUAACCGGUUUGUGUAUUAAUGAUACGAAAUUUUGUACUCCAAUAUUUUGUGUAUGUUUUAUUCAGGUCUGAUUAGUCAUAGUUUUUUGUGUGUAUGUUUGUUGGAUUACGCAAGCAAUGGAAUUAUUAAGAUGAUUGUUAAUUCAGUUUUUGUAAGAAAUAUUUGUUAUCAGAAAGCCAGUGUGGAAAAUGUGUUUAAGUUUUAAGGGGGCUAUGCUUUUGUUGAAUACAUGUAUACUAAGUUAAGUUUUGUACUUUCAUACAUUCCAUUUGAAGCUGUUGAUGUGUUGAUCCACGGAAAGCUAUGUAGAAUAAUAUUCUUUCUGAUUUUCAUGAUUAAGAAAAAUAUUGUAGAUGCUUUAUGAAGUCCAUGACCACUAGUCCAAGCAAAUUUGAAAUACACAACAGGGGCGGAUCCAAAAUAUUUUCAGGGGUGUGUGUUGUUACCUUAGAUUAUUAUUAUUUACAGUAUUUAUAUAGCGCAUUAUAUAAUAAAACAAAUUACUCUAAGCGCUUUACAUUAAAACAGCAAUACCACUAGAUGAUACGGAAAGGGAAUUGCACCAUAAAGAUGACACAAAUUAACCAUUUUCUGGGUAAAAAUUAUCCUACGAAAGGGGGUCCGCCUCUGUACAAUGUAUUAAUUUCACAAUGUAAACCAAGUUGCAGAUGCCUAUAUACAUUUAAGUAGUAUGUAACCAUUACUGUCUCUGUUUAAAGUAUAUUGUUGUUUGAUAUGUACGUCUUGUAUCAGCCUAAUAAAAUCAAAAUGACUUUUUACCCUAA